AUCUUUGUAUGAACAAUCUUUGACAUGACGUCAUAACAGUUCCUGUCUGUGAUUGGAUUAUGUCCAAUACCAUUUCAUUUUGGAGUGUAAUCGUAUUAUUACAAGGUUAUUGGAAAAACCUUCCAAAAGGAACCUGUUGGAAGUGCAGAAGACGCAAAUCGAUGACAGCUAGCCGUGUCAUAGAUUAAUAGAUUCAAGAUUAGUUGAAUGGAAAAUAUGCUGCGAUUGUUUCUGUUAUCCGCAUCUUUUCUUCUUCUUUGUUUAGCAUUCCUGUCCGUCGAUGCAGCCAAACGUAGCGCCAAUACCAACAACAGAAACUCUGGAAACGAUGUUGACUGGUCGAGUCGGAUAAGGUUAGUCGAUGGGGACAGUGAGAAUAUUGGUCGUGUUGAAAUCCGUGCAGAGAUUAAGCCGGGUAGGAUUAAGUGGGGUAAAGUAUGCCACGAUAAAUGGAGUCAAGAAGAUGCGGAUGUUGCUUGUAGACAGUUGGGUUUUACAAGAGGUGCAAUGAAAGUGAUCGCAAAUGCACAGAACCAGUUUGGGGCUGGCAAGUUAAACUUUUUUAUGGAUGAUGUUAUGUGCAGUGGUACUGAAGAUGCUUUACAGCUUUGCAUUUUCGGCAAGAAAGGGAAUAUGAAGUUUGGUAGAGGAAAUUGCAAGGAUAAAAGGAAGAGAGUUGCUGGCGUAGAAUGCAGGUCCAACCUAGAAGCAACAACUCCAUCUCCAAAUUGGUUGAAUAAGUUUGCCUUCUUUCCAAAUGCUGCGAUUCCAGCUAGUAACAACAUAAUGCUAGAGAACAUGAAUCGAGAAAGUUGUGCAGCUCAGUGUCUCCAACAAGUAGCAUUUGAGUGUCGAUCCUUUGAUUAUGAUAAAAAGCAAAACAGAUGCUGGCUUAGUGAAGACAACUCGCGCUCCGUGUCACUUAGUUUCGCAUAUCCGGAUGACCCUUACGAUUACUAUGAAAGAAUUGAUAUAGGAGCUGUUUCAUCUUUUGAGAUGGUGCCAAACUCUGCGUUGCCUGGACAGAACGCGAUUGAACAUCGCAACACUGUAUUAGAGGAAUGCGCCGAGCUUUGUCUCGCCGCAACCUUCUCUUGUGCGUCUUUCGAUUUUUCUCGUGGCACUAACCAAUGUUGGUUAAGCACUGCCAACCGUACAACAGCAACUACACCACUUCGCAGUGAUUAUCCGAACAACCCCUACGAUUACUUUGAACGGAAAAAGAUCUCGGUCCGUGAAUGUACUGAAGGAAAUGGGGAGGACUACAGGGGAGAAGUUUCAAUGACCGCAGGUGGUAAACGGUGCGCUAACUGGAUGGAGGUAUCCAGCACAGUGGACGUCAAUCCUAUAACGUUUCCAAACAAAGGGCUAGGUGACCACAACUUCUGCCGAAAUCCUGAUGGUGAUGAAGAACCAUGGUGCUACUAUCUGUCUUCAGUCUCCAUUCUUGGCUUAAAUGUGGUGAAUGGGUGGGGAUAUUGCAGAAUUGCUCUUUGUGAGACACCAACAGAGAAGCCUCAAGCACCAACCCCAUCCAAUCAGAUAAAAUUAUUAUCUCUUGGAAAGCCAACUGGUCAAAGCAGUACUACCACGUGGUCAAGUAUUGUUGGCAGCUCUGAUAAAGCUGUCGAUGGGAAUUUGUCUCCAAACUUCUUUGAAGGAAGCUGUACUCAUACAGAUCUUGAAACAAGGCCUUACUGGUAUGUGGAUCUUGGCAGGGACUAUGACAUUGAAUACGUGGACAUUGUUAAUAGACUUUCAAAAGGUGACCGUCUAGUUAAUGCCCAGGUGGGUAUAAGCAAGGCGUCAUCGCAGAAUUCAUUUGUAAAUUGUGGUGGUGCUAUCACUAAUUCCAUAUAUGAGGCCAGUCUAACAGAUUCGACAAGAAGUAUCAGGGUUAGUUGUGGAAGACUUAUCCAAGGUCGUUACGUAACAGUGUCACUGACUGAUACACAGAAUUACCUUACUCUCUGUGAGGUCAGUGUAUAUGGAUACAGCUUAGCAGGAGAACAACCACAACCAACUGCUAGUCGACUUUCAACUCCACGUGCAACAACACUGGCACCAACUUGCAGUACUACUGAGUUUCGUUGUGCAGAUGAUCAAAGGUGCAUUCCAAUUGCUUGGCAAUGUGACGGGGAAAACAACUGUGCAGAUCAGAGCGAUGAGGAAGGAUGUGUGAAUCCAUUAGAUGACUUCCGCCAAUUUGACAACCAGAAACUUCCAGGAAAAGCUAGGCCGGAGGAAGAAUACAUGCGAGUAAGCGUGCGACAAUGUUCGCAGUAUUGUGUUGACAGCGAAUCAUUUGUCUGUCGUUCGUUUGACUAUAAAAAAUCUACAAUGGAUUGCUACCUAUAUUCACUAAACAGAGCACUAAAAGGAGGUUUAGCAGAUAAUUCAGACUACUUGCAUUAUGAAAGAAUUUCACAAACAACUGACUGUGGUGAAGUUGAUAACCAGCCCUACCACCCAUGCCCCUCUGGUCUGUGUAUUCCGAUGAGCUGGUUGUGUGAUACCGAAAACGAUUGUAAAGAUUUCAGUGAUGAGUCUAACUGUGGUACGGUGGCGCCAUUUGAAGUGCGCAUCGUUGGUGGCACCUCGGCGAGUGAGGGGCGAUUGGAGGUGCGCUGGAUGGGUGUUUGGGGUAUUGUCUGUGAUGAUAGAUGGGGCAUAAAGGAUGCUAAUGUUGUUUGCAGACAACUUGGAUAUUCAAGAGGUGCCUCAAGAGCAACAACCAUGGCAGAAUUUGGCUCUGGAGGAUGGAAUAUCAUUCUAGAUGAGGUCCAAUGUACAGGUUCAGAAAGCUCACUGGCAGAUUGUCCAAAUGCUGGCUGGGGAAAUAAUGAUUGUGUAAGAGGAGAAGCUGCUGGUGUAGUCUGCUUAUUGGAUACUGGUUGCAUCGAUGGGCAAUUUAAAUGUGGAAAUGACUUGUGUAUACCAGAGUCUCAGAAAUGUGAUGGACAGAUGCAAUGCGUUGAUGGAAGUGAUGAAAUUGGUUGUCCUACCGAGGCACCUAUGGAACUACCCGUUCGACUUGUUGGGGGACAGAAUGCAAAUGAAGGUCGAUUAGAAGUGUUGUAUGAAGGAGUUUGGGGCACUGUCUGUGAUGAUUCAUUUAACGAAAAAGCAGCUGAAGUUGUCUGUAGAAAACUCGGCAUCAGUGGCGGCGUUGAAUAUUUACCAACUACUGUGUUUGGAGAAGGGGACGGGCCUAUAUUACUCGAUGACGUUGUUUGCCAUGGUAAUGAAGAUGACUUGGCCCAGUGCGAUCAUUCAAAACUACGAAAACACAAUUGCCGUCAUAACGAAGACGUUGGUGUACGUUGUGGUAUUGAGACGACUACUAUAGAUGCAGAAACCUGUGGAAUUAAGAUGACUAGCAGUGGAGUACAUGCUCGUAUCGUUGGGGGGACAAAUGCCAAGCGAGGGAGCUGGCCUUGGCAGGCACAGUUGAUACUAAAAGGUGGCGGUCACUAUUGUGGCGGAACCCUAAUUUCGGAAGACUACGUGAUCAGUGCUGCACAUUGCUUUGCUAGGUAUUCAAAAGAUUUGUUUAAGGUUCGACUCGGGGAGCAUGAUCAACGUACUACCGAAGGAACUGAACAGACGUUUGAUAUCGAAUGUCUCUUCAUUCAUCCAAAGUACGAUUCAGACACCACGAAUAACGACAUCGCUGUCCUGAAAUUGAAACGUAAAUCUAACGGUGGUGCACAAUUCGGACAGUAUGUAAUGCCAGCUUGCUUGCCUUGGCCAACAAAUGCAACAGAGCAGUUUGAUGCUGGACAUGUCUGCUGGACAUCAGGAUGGGGAAAUACAGGGAAAAACUAUCCAAAGAUCCUUCAAGAAGCCCGUAUACCAUUACUGUCACGAUCUGUAUGUAAGAAACAGAAUGUUUACGGCAAUAAGUUGACGCCUAAGAUGUUUUGCGCAGGUCACCUGAAGGGUGGAAUCGACUCGUGUGAUGGUGACAGUGGCGGACCAUUGGUUUGCGAACGUGCCGGGGUUUGGACGCUCUAUGGGGUGACGUCAUGGGGUUAUGGAUGUGCUAAGGCAAAUGCUCCUGGUGUUUAUGUAAAGGUUUCAGAGUAUAUAAACUGGAUUGAUCAAAAGAAAAAUUCAAGAGUGUGUGAAUAAAUUUUAUUGAAUAGAAAUUAAUUUAACUUUGCUCUCCUUUUUACAUCCUAGUCUUUAUCCUAAGGAAAAAUUUCCUAAAAUUUAAGGUAGAUAAAGAAGGUAGACUAAUCUUUGCUGAGCUAUAAACAUGAAAUACAAUAUUUGAAUUUCUUUGGUGACGGUGUAUUUUAAUAUAUUUAAUUAUUAUUAGUUUUCCAGAAUGAGAAAUAAUUCUUUCGCUAAUAAACAUACAUACAUAAUAAUAUUGUUCAUACAUUGCAGAACCUUAAAUUGUCAGGUAUUAAUUAAAAGCAUUAAUUAAUUGUCUGCCUAUCAGUGAAACUGAAUUGUUAUGAUCUCUAUCACAUUUGAAUGAGGUUCCAUAGAACCAGAGGAUUUUUUUCAUAUACAGGUUACUUUAAAGUAUAACCCUCUUCGAAAAGGGAAUUGACUAACAAUUAUCCUCACUUGUGGUCACAAAUUAAAACACUUUAGCUAAGCAAAUUCAAAGGUCAAACAAUUCUAAUGAUUCCGAAACGUACCGGUAUGCGUAUUCAUUUAUAUAAGAGUAAAUGAUGUUGUUGCAACUCAUUGAGUCAGAAUGAGAAUUUUGGAAUAGGUGCUGUGUGUAUCAUGAAAAUAUGUCUUCUUGCCAAAUGUAAACACCCAAAAUUACCGUAGGCCUGCUGUCAUUCAUUGUUAAACUUAGUAAUUUGCAUAAGAAUAUAGCAGUAUCGUAUACUUUAAUACGGAGAAGCCUUAAUACUUUCACUUAUAACUUUGGCAAUAGUAACCGUCUAUUCGAAUAAAAAAAUAAAAAACAUCAUUUAGACUUACAAUGUGGAGAAUACAGAUACAUUUAAAAAAAUCAAUUUUCAUCAUUGGUCACAGAUGCUGGUCUUGGGAUAAAGCGUCAUUGGGGUUUUUUUACGCCGAAAUAUUUUAGUGCUUUAAUAAUUGUUUGUCACCGUUACAAUUUUGAUAGAAUAAUUUGAAAAAUGAUAUAAAAUAAUGACGGUCAAGUUAACAAUAGUCUUGAAUGAUAAUGUUCUGGUUCGGUUUAGAACCACCAUACGUAUAUACAGUACAUACGGUAACGUAUCCAACUAAAUAACUAUAAAAAAAAUGUUUCCUCAACGUUUGUGUUAACGUCACCUUCUGUCACAACCUAACCAGAGUCAUUAUGUUAUAACAUUUUGUGAUUUCUCGGUGUAUUGCUGACACUUACCGAAAGGCCCACUGAUUAAUCUCAGAUAAGAUAGUAUAAUACAUACUCCAAGUAUUGAAAUGCACGCCAUCGUGUCGGGAUUCAAUAUUUCGACAUUAAUUAUGUCAUCAUCAGGAAUGACACUCACUCUUGCUGAUGCUAAAUAUUAAUAAUACAUUUAGACAGUAUUUUAACAAGUGAAAGUAAUAAACUAAGAACUCCGUGGUUCUAGCUUGUAGUUGAGGGCAGGGGCUUUCAAUCGUGCUGUUAAUCUGAAGAUUACAUCAGAAUUAUACCAUGGUAGCUGUUGGAAUGAAAAUAAUUUAAAUGUAUUUUUUUUCUGUCAAUACUGAGGAAUUAAUGUCAUUUUAUAAUUUUUUAGUUAUUCUCAAUACAUAACAAUUGGAUAAGUUACAAUUAUGUUUUGUAUUUUCUUAAUAUUAUAAUAAAACCAUUUUAAAUAAUA